CGAGCGAACUGCUCUGCUCGCGAGUGUCCGCCUGCUCGCUGCCGCCGCCGCCGUCGCUCCUCUCGCUCCCCCUGCUCGCUGCCGCCGCCAUCGCUCCCCCCUCUCUCCCCCCGCUCGCUGCUGCCGUCGCCCCCGGUUCCUCCCCCCGCGCUCGCAGCCGUCGUCGCCCCGCUCUCCCCCCUCCCACCCCCCGCGCUUCGACGCUGCUGUCUCCUCCGACGCCGUGGCCUGCUCUCCGAUCGGCCGCGGCACGCCGCAGCUGCCCCCGGAGAUCACGCCGAUCCGAUCCGUCGCAGCCUUGCCUGCCUGCUUUCCCUCCAACGCCGACGCCGACGCCAUCAGGAUCCACGGGGUCUCCUGGUUGCCACUGCAACACCUGUCGUCUGUUUCACAGGAUACAAAAGCAGGUGUAAUCUGUCGAACCGCAACAGAUUGGGUGGUGUCAUGCUCAUCCAUUGAUAGUAGCCAAAUCCCUAUAUCCUGGCAGCGAUGGCUCGAAGCCCCUGCGACCUCCGCCUCCUCCUCCUUGCUGCCACUGUAGCUUUCAUCUACAUCCAGGUGCGCCUCUUCGCAACACAAUCCCACUAUGCUGACCGUCUUGCAGAAGCAGAAAAAUCUGAAAAUCAAUGCACCAGUCAAUUAAAGUCCUUGAUUGAUCAAGUCAGCAUGCAGCAGGAGAAGAUUGUAGCAUUGGAAGAGAUGAAGAUACGGCAAGAUGAAGAACGUGCACAUCUGAAGAUUCUCAUACAGGAUCUUGAAAAAAGGAGCGUGCAGAAGUUACUAAACAAGAAUGUGGUUCCUGUUGCUGCUGUUGUCAUAAUGGCUUGCAAUCGACCGGACUAUUUGGAGAGAACAGUUGAAUCUAUCCUGAAGUAUCAGACAUCAGUUGCUUCAAAGUUUCCGCUUUUUAUAUCUCAGGAUGGAACAAAUGGAGCUGUGAAAAAGAAAGCUUUGGAUUAUAAACAGAUAACAUAUAUGCAGCAUUUAAAUCUUGAACCCGUGCGAACUGAAAGGCCAGGGGAAUUGACAGCAUAUUACAAGAUUGCUAAACAUUAUAAGUGGGCCUUAGAUGAGCUAUUCAUUAAACAUAACUUUGCUCGAGUAAUCAUUCUAGAAGAUGACAUGGAGAUUGCCCCGGAUUUUUUUGACUACUUCGAGGCUGCAGCUAAAUUACUUGAUAAUGACAAGACAAUUAUGGCCGUUUCUUCUUGGAACGACAAUGGGCAAAAGCAGUUUGUUAACGACCCAAAAGCACUUUACCGCUCGGAUUUCUUUCCUGGGCUUGGAUGGAUGUUAACAAAGUCCACUUGGCUUGAACUGUCACCAAAGUGGCCAAAAGCUUAUUGGGAUGAUUGGGUGAGGCUAAAGGAGAUACAUGGAAACAGGCAAUUCAUACGUCCGGAAAUCUGUAGAACAUACAAUUUUGGCAAACAUGGAUCAAGCUUGGGACAAUUCUUCGAGCAAUAUUUGGAACCCAUUAAGUUAAAUGAUGUUCAUAUUGACUGGAAUUCAGAGGAUCUGAGUUACCUUGGGGAGGAUAAGUUUUCAACCAAAUUUGGAAAAGAGGUGGCUAGUGCCACGCCUCUCCAUGGAUCAGAUGCUGUGUUGAAAGCCCACAGCAUGGCUGCAGAUGUAAGGAUCCAAUACGAUGAUCAGGAAGACUUUGAGCGGAUAGCUCGUCAAUUUGGAAUAUUCGAAGAAUGGAAGGAUGGCAUCCCAAGAACUGCUUACAAAGGAGUAGUGGUCUUCCGGUACAAGAGUAGUAGAAGGCGGAUAUUUCUUGUGAGCCCAGAUUCUCUUCGUCAGCUUGGGGUGUAGUGGUGUUGAGAAGAUAAAUUUCACCAUGGAGCCAGUGGUGAAUCCUUUUUUUUUAUCAAAUGGCAAAUGUUGGCGGAUGGUCUAUUGAUUUCUGCCAGCAUGGAGCAACUGGGAUGCAUGGCGAAGAAAUUUUUGAGAAGUGCCCAAGGGCCAAGGUACUGAGAACAGAGGGGCUUGGUUUAUUGGAACAUUUGAUACAUCAGUAUUAUUUUUUUUUCCCAUGAAUACGUAAAUGUUUAGAUAGAAAGGGACGCUGAAACUGUGGUGUAUUUUGGGUUUACACGAUGCUGUGGUAUAUACAAAUAGAGAAUGUAGUAGCAGGGCAGUAGCUGACCUGACAUACUCGGUCGUUUUGGGGUAAGAAAGGUGGAUUUUUUUAUGAUAAAAAACAUUCAUGUGAUGCCUCCUUA